CUGAGGAAAAGAGAAUUUAAAAAAACGUUUUUUUACAAAAAUAUUGAUUUUGUAAAAUAAAUGUAUAUUAUGUCAUGACGAUUAUAUAAAGUGCACGGAAGCAAUUCACAAUCUCAUUUUAAAGACUAAACAUGCAAUGAACUUCUAUGAUGCGCUAAUAACACAUUCUCCCCGAGUGAUAAGUGUGUGAACCAUCUUAACAAACUUACCAUCACCCCACCAACACAAAACAUGAUUUCGAAAUUUCUCCACUGCACCAGAAAACACACCAAAAGACUCGUUUCCCUUAUAAUACUUACUUCACUGAUUCUCAUCUCCAUUUAUACACGAGAAGAGACCAUCAAAAGCGAAAAUCAAGAGGCAGACAACUGGAUCGAGCAUCUGUGUCCAAAAUACACACACAGAGACACGUCUUCAGAACUCAAGUUGGAAUGGAGAGAACCGACAAAGGAUACGAUAUAUUUCACCGAAACUUCGUGUGGAAAGAGAUUCUAUGGUCGACAGGCUUGUGUGGUUGAGACGGCAGCCAGACAUCAUCCAGACAAAGCUUUAUUGAAACUCCCGAACGUCAAGAUGUCGUGGUUGGAUCUAAGCUCUCUGUAUGCGUUCGAACCCCUUAAAACGUGGCAUCUGACCCGCCGUUGGUUGAUGGCUGAAGACCGCGUGAGCAUCUUCGUCAGCGACUCCGCCCGCGUGGAGCUUCUGCGUCGCUUCGGAGGGACGUACCUCGACCUCGACGUGCUGGUGCUGCGCCCUCUGCCGACGCACACGGAUUUCAUAGGGCGCGUCGACCCCAAGCAGCUGAAUGGCGCCGUUAUGAGCUUUCGUCCUCACCAUCCUUAUGUUACGAACGUCGUGAACAUCCUCCCGAGGGUCCACGAUCCCUUCCAGUGUUGCACCAUAGGGCCCGAUCUCCUUACCAAGCAACUCCAUGCCCUCUGCCCCGAUAACUUCACCCUCCCAAAGUCCACGCAUGUCGACGCGUUCGAGACGUGUACAGACGUGACCGUGUACCCAAGCCCGGCCUUCUACCCUAUCUAUUGGCUGCCGGGCCCCGAGUACAUCCAGAGCAUAAUCGUCAUGGGGAAAGGUCUCGGGGAGAAAUUCAUGAAUGAGACGAAAGCCUACACGCUCCACCUGUACAAUUCUCUGUCGCAGAAGGACGUUAUUUAUCUAGGGGGCGAUUCGAUCUUGGAGACGAUAGCAAAAGCAUAUUGUCCCAACGUGUAUAAGACGUUGCUCACGCGGCACUUGGCACUCUGAGCAUGCAAGAAUCUUCGCUUUAUUCCGACUUUAUAUAAACUUGCUUCGGGUACCGGUGUGAGGGAGUUUUAAAUGUGCAAACCCAGUGUCAUGUAAAUAAAUAUUUGUGUGUCAUUUUGAUGUAUUUUCAUGAAGCCACAACCUUCUAUCAUCUGAUCAUGAGUCAUAUUUUACUUGAAAUCCCAAGUUUUGUAUUUCAUUUUAUCUUAGGCUUGUGUAAAUAUUUUUCUUUUUACUAUAUACAUUUAAUAGCAUGUACCUUUGAUUUG